CUUUCUCCUUGAUGUUCAUCCUCUUGCUACGUGUCGGUAUAAAAAAUCAUAAAUAAAAAUAAAUACAUUCAUUGCUUUUGAUUUAUGGUAUUUAAAAAUAACCCCCAUCUUGUAGUGGGGAUACAUACAAGAGUUGAAUCUUAAAAGUAGUUAGAAAUAAGCACAGACUGUUUAUUUGCAAUCGAUUUGUUUACAUUUUCAUUUGUCUUGAAGGGUUUAUAGAGAAGAGAAUAAUUUCAAAUUUAUAGAACAGGGUUUAUUAAUUUUCACGCGUCUUAACCUGGUUAUAACAUUCUAAGUUUAUAAAAUAAAGUUCACACCAAUUGUCUCGUCUUGGUGUAAAAUUGAGACAUUAUAUGAGAGGGGAUGAUCAGAUGAGGCCGUCAUGAAAUGGCACUUUACUGCGAAAUGGGGGGAAAGGGCUAUACGAAUCCAAUCAAAAUUAUUGCGUUCCUUGAGUCAAUUAUGGGCAAUUCAAAAUUAUCGUCGUAAAUUAUUAGCCUUCCCAUUCUCCCUUGUCGCUGUUUCCGUUCUAUUCUCGUGGGCACUGCAGUCCAAUAGUUGUGCAUUUCAUGCGUUCUUUGGAAUCAUUCUUUUCGACACAAUCACUUUGUUUGCAGAUCUGUCAAGCCAAACAUGGCUCACGGGAGGAAAAACAGCAACUUCAUUUAGCUUUGGUUAUGUUCGAGUAGAAGUGCUUACUCACUUUUCGGUCCUUUGUUUGGGCUUGCUGCUCAAUUGUUGGACAGUAAAGAAAUCAUUAGAAUUGACUCUUCUUCAAUUACCCGAAGAGCAAGGAAUUCACACGGGAAGAUUCAUUCCUGGAGCCCUUGUAGGAGGACUCGUCCAUUUCUUCAUGUCAUUCAACAACAGCCCAUUUCUCAAAGUUUAUAAAAUAUCAUCAACAAGUACAGCUUUACAGAAAUACUUUCAGGGAGUUUGUGCCAGUUUUGGACUAUCAUUGUCUUCCACAAGUACUUUUGCUUUAAGCCCAUUUGCUAUUUUGGGAGCUUUCUCCAUUUCUACGGUUCUCAUAUUAGCGUUUGCACUGCAAACUGGACCAAUAUGGUUUGAUUUCAUUGGGGGAAUCCUAAUAAUAUUGGCUGUAUUUGAUGCACUAUGGCCCUUGGUGGUUUACAUAGCACAAGUUUUGCUGCAGACUGUUCCUCCACACAUUGUUGCACAGCUUGAGAAAUCGCUACGAGAAGCGCUUACCAUUGAUGGGGUUUUAGAGUUUCGAAAUGAACUUUUCUGGACAUUAACUUAUGGACAGACGGCUGGAACUCUCCAUGUUCGUGUACGACGAGAUGCAAAUGAGCAGCUAGUCUUGUCAAAAGUAUAUGACAAAUUUCAGCCGUUAGCUCCACACUUAACAGUGCAGGUGACUAAAGAUGACUUCGGGAGGUCAUUUGGGAAUCUACAUAUAUUACGGGAUUUGGAUUCAUCCUUAACUCAAGUGACCGUUGGUCGUCACAACACCCCUCCAGAAACAAUUUCUCCCAUUCCAAAUGAGUUGGGCCAUGCUAAACAUUUUAUUUACACAAAUACUGCUAGAAGUCAUAAUCCUCCUGGUCAUAGUCCUGCACAAGGAAUAAGUUCGACUCUUCUAUUUAGUGACUCUUCCUUGUCCGGUGUUCAAAUUCAAUCAAGAAGUAGUGUGGCGUCUUCAACUUCUUUUUCUUCCGUUUACCAGGCCAAUGACGGGAUUGUUGAUUCAAAUACUCUAAUACCAGCUAACGAUAGCGGAAAUCAUUUAAAUCUACCUUCGCCAAGAGGAUAUCAACAUCACAACAACAAUUAUUAUCACCAGCAUACAGUGACCAAUAACAAUAAUGGUACUAGCUCAAACCACUCUAAUCAGCCAAACUUAUUGAUGUCUUCUGCAAACUAUUUCCCAGACUAGGAAAUAGAAAACAAAACGAAAUGAAAAUAUACAUAACUUUUUGAUUCUCAAGUACUGCAACUAUAUAUGUAGCUAAUCCCUAGUUAGUCUGAACCUGUUUCAAAAAGAACUGAUCUUUACAUCACAAGUAUAACUGUCGAAAUAUUUUGGAAAGGAAAAUCAAUCAUCAUCAGUUCAUCGACUGACGACGACAACGACGCCUAAAUUAUCAUGACUUAAUCGUCGCUUAUAUCUUAGUCCAAUUUAAAGGAUAAAUAAUUAACGAUAAGCUAAACUAUAUAUGCAUGUGAUGAAUAGAUUGUAAUAGGUAGAGUUUUAUGUGCCUUAUUUUCAACAACGAAAUGAAUUUAUAUUAUGAAAGAAAAUAGAAAUAUAUGUCUAAUACUGAAUGACCAUUA